AUGUGUAGCCCGGCGCAAAGUUUGGUAUACCAUCAGCGCACGUCCCAGCGUGCGGGUGUGCCACAGCUCUGCUUGCGUUGCCCAAGUAACAGGCAGAGGGCGCUUCGGAUUGUUUCGGUGCGUUGCAAGCAGUUGGACAUAGAUGAAGCAUGGCUUUUUUUGGCUGAGCCGACGCCGCUUGGGCUUCGAUGGGAAUGCUGUGCAGGCUGGCUGAUGUUGGAGGUCGAUGUGAAGACCUUGCCUUUGGUUUCACACUUGCAUUCUGGAUGCAAGCCCACCGUAGAUGCACGCAGGCCAGAGUGUUUCAAGUGUCCUUCCCCACAAGCCUCCUAUCAGGCUCAGGCUCAUGAUCCGCAAUGCGCUUAG